AUGUCCCACUCAUCCCACAGCAACCCCCUCACUCACCCCAUGCAAGCUGCUAAAGAAGCGCUCGGCGCCGUCGGCGUCGAUCCCCGCCCCGUCCAGCGCUCUUCCACGUUCAUGAACGCCAACGAAGGCCCCGCCGAGAUCAUCUCCAAGGUUUCAGGUGUCGUUGGGGCUGGGAAGAGGCAGGACGACGCGCCAUACUUUACGAACAACGAGGGCAUUCCGUGGCCUGAUGGAACCCACAGCAAGAAUGUUGGAGGAAUCCCGGUGGCGAGCGAUAUCUUUUUGAUGCAGAAGCAGCAGACUUUUAAUCGGAGCAAGACUUUGGAACGUAUGGUUCAUCCCUCUGGGUCCGGCGCCUUCGGGUACUUUGAAUGUACCAACGAUAUGAGUGAGCUCACCAAGGCUGGGCUCUUCAGCAAGGCGGGGAAGAAGACACCCAUUUUCCUUCGUUUUUCGACCGUCACCUUUGGACGCGAAUUUCCCGACUCGGGACGUAACCCUCGUGGCUUCGCCAUCAAGCACUACACCGAGGAAGGCAAUUAUGAUGUUGUCGGUUUGAACUGGCCUAUCUUCUUUUGCCGCGACCCCAUGCAAGGCCCCGACGUCAUUCGCUCCCAGCAACGUAACCCACAGAACUUCAUGCUGGACUAUGAUAGCACCUUCGACUUCCUCGCCAACACUCCUGAAGCCAACCACGCUGGGAUGAUGUUUUUCAGCGAUCAUGGUACACCCAAGGGAUGGAGGAACAACCACGGCUAUGGGUGCCAUACGUUCAAAUGGGUCAAUGCCGAGGGCAAAUUUGUUUAUGUCAAGUACCACUACCUCGCCGAGCUGGGCCAGAAGCAGUUCACCUGGCCUGAAGCUGUUGCGAUGAGUGGCGAAGACCCGGAUUUCUCCAAGCGCGACUUGUGGGCUGCUAUUGAACGUGGCGAGACACCUACUUGGACCAUGAAGGUUCAGAUCAUGCGCCCUGAAGAAGCUGAUCCCAACAAGCUUGGCUUCGACCCCUUCGACGUUACCAAAGUCUGGCCUCGAGGCCAAUUCCCCAUGCACGAAGUUGGAAAACUCGUCCUCAACAAGAACCCCGAGAAUUACCAUCGUGACGUGGAGCAAGCUGCUUUCUCGCCUGGCUCCAUGGUUCCUGGUAUCGAAGACUCUCCCGACAGUCUCCUCCAAUUCCGCAUGUUCUUCUACCGUGAUGCGCAGUACCACCGACUUGGUGUUAACCUUCACCAAGUCCCAGUGAACUGUCCAUUCAUGGCGAAAAGUUACUCCUCCCUCAACUUUGACGGUCCGUUGCGUAGCGACGCUAACACCGGCCUCAACCCCCACUACACUCCCAACUCCUUCGUGAACAAGUUCCGUCCUGACGAUGCCGAGGUGCCCUACCAGGUUGCCGACAACGUCGUCUCGCGCCAGUCCCACUUUUGGCACGAGGGCAAGCUCUCCGACUACGACCAGGCCCGCGAGCUUUACACACGCGUCAUGGACGAGAAGGCGCGCCAGCACCUCCACUACAACACCGCAGUCGCAUUGAAGCUUGUCAACUACAAGGUUGUCAAGGUCAAUUAUCUUGCUCAGCAGUAUCGCAUUUCGCCCGAUUAUGCCAAGGCGAUCUACGAUUUGUUGCCCAAGAGCGCACAGGACUUUUCGUUCGACGAGGUGGUGGCCAAGUCCAAGGUUGCUCCGAUUUUGACCAAGGAGGAGAAGUUUGCGCCGACUCAGAGCCAUCAUCGUUCUCUUGGUGUCCCAGCCGGUGGUUUGGCAUAUAACUAG